AUGGCUUCUCAGACCAAAGUGCUGAUGCUUCUUAUUCUUGCCAUAGCAGGAGCAACUUUGGCUGCUCAUCACACUGUAUUUGACCCCACGGAGGCUCUAACAUACAUCGGCCUCAGUGACUGUCAGAAGGCUUUUCAAUUCUUUUGGUCUGAUGGCACCAAAUUGACUUUCACCAAGUGGAGACAAGGACAACCAGAUAAUUAUGAAAACAGAGAGCGCUGUGUGCAUAUAAAUGCUGGUGCCUCUAAAAACUGGAAUGAUAUUAAUUGUGAGAACCGCUAUGCCUCUGUGUGUGCCAAGGAAAGUUACUGAAACGCUUCCUACUGCAUCUCACCAAACAUCACUGAUGAAUUUAUAAAAUGAUUCUGUGGCAGACUUCCAUAACUUCAGCAAUAAAAAAAAUCUAAAAAAACAAA